UGAAACCCUUAUGUGAGGUCGGAUGCUCGUUCGGUUCCGCCAACUCACCGAGGCGGCUGGAAGUGCGAUCUCAGUCCCACCGAUGGUGUCCCCCGACGGUAGAACCCCGACGACGGGAAGUAAGCCGCUCGGGCUGAUGGCCAACGCGGCGAAGCGGAAACAAAGCUUCCUCCAGUUUUUCCUCAUGACCGGCAUCCUCAUGCUCAGCAUGAGGUCUUUGAGCCAGAAGUACCGAGUUAGAGACCUCUCCGACGAGAACGCGCUCCUUCGCGAGGAGCGCGACGCUUUUUCCCUACGAUCUUCCGCCGUCAAGGAAGCCCUCUUCCAGGAGGCCGCACUUGACCCCUCUGGCCUCCUCGCUGACCACCUCCGCAGCCUCUUCAACGAACAAUCCGACCAUUAAGGUCGCUCCCUUCGCCGAUCAGGUCCAUCUCUCCUGUCCUUCGUCGGACGAAGCUUUGCUUUGGAGUUCCUCUUCUUUCUUUGCUUUAUCCUCUUGGUUCUUUUUAGGGUUUACUGCUGAAGCGAAGUGGUUUCGUUUUUUUUUUUGUAUGAUCAGGCACAUUAGGCUUUGCUAUCCUUUGUGCUUGCCCUCAUCGAAAUUGAUAUUUCCCUUAGUUGUAUUACCUUCUGUUUGAACUUCCACCUAUCUAAUCAUGUAAUGCAUUUACAUAAAGGGAAAGGAAAUAUAUUUGGGCCGAAGGUGGUUAUCUAA